CAAAAAAUGCUAUUAACCCUUAUUAUUAUUAUUUAAUAAAUAGAGAAACACUAAAGAAAUCGAUUUCUAACAUUACAAGGCUGAUUUGGGUUUCUGUCUCACGCAUGUCACGACGGCUACAAGCACCAGCGAAAAUCGCUCUGUUAGAUACCGCAUUGACCCACCUCAUGAGAGAGAGAAGCUAAACGUGAGAUACUUUAAACAAAUCCAUGAAGAAUAGAUCGAGACGACUUGCCUUCGGGAUUCUCAGAAGCAAACAGUUUCCUCAAUAACUCUGACUUGUGUUACGGUGAUUUCAUCUCAAAGGUCUCAUUCAGAUCGAGCAUAAAGGGGGAAAAUGGAGCGCAGUAAAGAGAAAGUCUCUAUCGAGUUUGAUUGGCAGUGGCAGGUGAACCACUAACAGAAAAUUGUGUCACCAGAGAGAACGACAAAUUAACGAAGAGAGAAGAGGCUAAAAGUGAGAAACAGGGGAAAAUUGAAUGAAAGAAAGUUCUAUUACUUACGAUUGUGAGGGAGUUCAAAUCUGGAUCUACGUCGGAGAAGAUCCCCUGGAUAUUGCUUUAGAGGCCAUUGUUGUUGCCUCUGAUCCGGUGAAUGCACUGACGAAGAUGACGCUAAUGAUCUAAAUGUGAUAGAUGGGGUUGGAUGGAUUUUGGCGAUGGUCAUCGCUGACUAAGUACCAAAUGUUCCUCUCUUUUCGAGAAACGGAUUCGCGAAUUAAUCGUAGUUCCCAGCGGGCGCUCAACUGCUCUUAGAUCACUGUUCGAAGCGGCGUAGCAGAGAGAAGUGUCGUGUGAUCAAUGCCGGAGGGGGGUAAUGAGAGGGUCCGCAAGCAACCAAAAUCACCCCAAUCAGAAGUCCAGACGUAACCAAACCACCACGUUCCCCCUUCAAACCAACCAGCUCUUCCCUACACGGCUGCACCCGCCCACACCUGAGUCUCAUCCGAUUUGUAACAGUAAAAUGUAUCUGCAUGUAUAGUAAAACCCUCCCAAAAUGAUUCGUGUUAUGCUGAUUUUCUCCUCCGUUGUCUCUUUCAGCCCACGAAGGGAUGGCGCUUGGGCCUGGUUGGCCCACUAGAUCUGCUCGGGAACCCGGUAUGGUUCAACCAGUACUUGAAUCGAACCGUUCGAGUUAACGAAUCCGGACCACCAGAAAACCGAUCCCUGCCUGUCCGCUCCAAGGCCACCAUCAUCUUCCCCCCAGAAAUUCCCUCCACGAUUUCCGUGCGCUUCUCUCUUUCCCCUUCCCCUUCCCCUUCUUUUCCGGUUUUCUCUUUCACUUGAAAAACAAUCCAACAUCCGCCAUCACCCACCGCCGCUGCCAUAACUAGCGCCACCGCCUCCUUCCCUUUCCCUCAAUCCUACGCUUCUAUUUUCCCCUACCGGGACGGAAGCUAGAAGCACGGAAAUUCUAUAUAAAUAAUUCGUCCUGCGGAAGAGCUGCCGAUUACCGUAGCCGUUCUUAAAAAUGGACUCGCAAAGCAAUGGCAAUGCUCUCAACGGUUCCUCCGGCAAUGGAUCCGCCCUCAUUUUUCUCGGUACCGGAUGUUCCAGCGCCAUCCCCAACAUAAUGUGCCUGAUCCAGCCGUCCGAUCCUCCCUGCCGUGUUUGUUCUCAGGCGCUCUCUCUUCCGCCUGAGCAAAACCCUAACUACAGGUGCAAUACGUCUAUGCUUAUAGAUUACUGUCCCGGCGGUGACGGGAAGCACAACUAUAUAUUGAUUGAUGUUGGGAAGACGUUUAGGGAGCAAGUUCUCCGGUGGUUCACUUUCCAUAAGAUUCCGAGGGUGGAUUCUAUAAUUUUGACACAUGAACAUGCUGAUGCAGUUCUCGGCCUUGAUGAUGUACGAACUGUGCAACCAUUUAGUCCCACAAAUGAUAUUGACCCAACUCCUAUUUUUUUGACUCAAUCUGCUAUGGAAAGUAUUGCAGUGAAAUUCCCUUACCUGGUACAGAAAAAGUUAAAGGAAGGCCAAGAAAUAAGACGGGUAGCACAGCUCGACUGGCAGAUAAUUGAGGAAGACUGUCAGAAAUCAUUUAUUGCUUCUGGCCUACAAGUUUCACCAUUACCAGUAAUGCAUGGAGAAGAUUAUGUUUGCUUAGGCUUUCUGUUUGGUGAAAAAUACAAAGUAGCUUACAUCUCUGAUGUUUCACGGUUUCCUGAAAAAACUGAAUUUGCAAUUUCGAAAUCUGGGGCUGGUCAGCUGGAUCUCCUAAUCUUAGAUGCUUUAUACAAGAAAGGACCUCACAACACUCACUUUUGUCUCCCUGAGUCACUUGAAGCAGUGAAGAGAUUAUGCCCUAAAAGAGCUCUCCUAAUCGGAAUGACCCACGAGCUUGAUCAUCACAAGGACGGCGAAUAUCUAGAAGAGUGGUCUAAACGGGAGGGAAUACCAGUACAGUUUGCACACGAUGGUUUAAGAGUUCCAGUAGAGCUAUGACCAUAGGUAACCAACCUCUACCCCCGGUGGCUUCUUUCUUUCCUUUCAAGAAUUCAGCCCUUGUCCAGACGCAUCCAAAACUGAAGCUGGAUCGGUAUCGUCUGGAUUUUGUCUGCACAGAUAGAGAGAUACCUUUGUUAGAUCUACUAGCAUCCCAUUUGUGAUUGGGAUGAAUAAAGCAGAAGUGAAAUGAUCUUUAUAGAGCUUGAACCAAAGAGAACUUUCCGGGAAGAGGAUUGAUCUCAAGAGGUUCUUUUACCCGGGACAUUCUUAUCAUAUAUAGUAUUGUGAAGUGUUACCAAGACCAGCAGAUUCUAGAGUGUUUCAUUCUUGUUGUUACAUUAUUGAAAGACGUUGAGAAAUGCAGUUCAGAUUUAUUUUUCUGUGAAAACCAAACGUGCAAUUCCCGAAUGAUAGGGGAAGUUGCUGGUAGAAGGGGACGUUAGUAUGUAAACGAAAACAGAGAAAUGAGGGAGUCGAGAAAGCAAUCAUUGACCUUUGUAGACGACCACUGUGCUAUUAUUUUAUUUUAUUGAUUGCCAGAGAAGGAAAGUUCAGCCUACAAAUUCAAACCUGACUAAUUUCUUUUAUCACUUGUUAAGUAGCAAAUUUCAAAAUUGCAACUUUCUUUGUAUGUAGCUAGGAGCCUAGGAUCACGGUUUUUUGUAACCCCAUCAAGAGUCGAAUCACAAAACCAUUUCGUCAAUCAAGUUGGUAUAAGUUA